UGCGCGUGCUUAUUCGUCACGGGGCCGGUGUGCCUUGGGCCUGUCUCACCCGACUGUAGUGACGUUUACUUCGCCUGUAUUCCUGUAUCGACAGGCUUUGGCCUCUGCUCCUCUCUUCCAUCCCGUCGUCCUGCCAAAUUCCAACGAUGGCAGAGGCGAUUCCAACGGAUUCCAGCACCACGGUCACGCCUCAAGUCUAUCGGAGACACAAAUCCUCCGAGGAAUCACGCGGCAUCUCAAGCGGCAAGGAUCACGGAGUAGCCAGCUCUACAGGGGAGCCCAGCCAGGCCGCCAUUUCUGCAGGCCCUCAAGAUAAACCUGAUCCGGAGUCGGCAAAGGCGUGCCUCGAGAUGGAGAAGACGCAGCCCAGCAUCCUCCCUCUUCUGGGGAAACCAUACUUCGCAUGCGUCGUUUGCAAGUCGCAUGUCCAGACACCAUUUCAAGUGGUGGUUCCAAGGUCUUUGGCGCCGUUCCUCCCACCGAAGCCGACGCCGGCGACCCUGACCUGGCAGGGUCGGUCCUGGGAGAUGCGCUUCACAGGGGGGCGACAAGUUCAGCGGCUGGAGGCAGGGUGGCGGAGCUUCGCGCUGGACAACGCGCUGAGGCUCGGCGACGGUUGCGUGUUCGAGCUGGUGGGGGGUGAUGGCGAGGGCAUCGUGUUCAGGGUGCAGGUGCUGCGCGCCGAGAUCCCGGCGAGUAUCCGGCAGAGGGCAGGCGGAUACACCCCCUCCAGCCCCAUCGUGCUAGACUAGAGGAGUAACCGUAGCGUAUGUUCCCUGCGUGGCUACAUGGACAUGCCAUAUGACAUUGGAAUUUUUAUCAAAGGAUCUUGUUUGGCUUUGUGCAUCUAAGUAUUCAGAGGCCAGGUGUAAUGUUUAAUUUUUUUAAAUAAGAAAGCGUCUCUUUUCGAAAAA